CAUAAAUGUCAUUACAAACCUUUCGUGAAAAAAUCAAUGCUUUUCUCCUCCUAAAACCCGCCUCUCUCCGUCUAGAUUCCUCAUCCAGUAAUAUCACAAUUGUCUGUGGGCUCUUCAUUUUUCCUCUCUUAGGCUUUUGAAUAAUAAUUAAAUCGACCUCAAAUUUCUAGCACAGGAAAAAUGGUAGUUGCAGAGGUCAAGACGAAAGAAUCGAUGUGCGGUCUUCAUCGCUCGAUCUGUUGACAGUCUCUAUAUGCUUCAAACUGUGAGCUUUGGGGUUGCCCGUGGCCUCUUGCAAAUGUUGAAUCAUAGACUAACAUGAGCCAGCCUGAAGUAUCAAGGGUUAAGUCUCCUCUUGUUCCCCUUGCGACCUUGAUUGGUCGUGAGGUGAGGAAUGAGAAGGUUGAGAAACCUUUUGUAAAGUAUGGGCAGGCUGCGUUGGCAAAGAAAGGAGAGGAUUACUUUCUGAUCAAACCUGAUUGCCAGAGGAUUCCUGGGAAUCCAUCAACAACUUUUUCAGUAUUUGCGAUUUUUGAUGGGCACAAUGGUAUAUCAGCUGCCGUCUUUGCAAAAGAGCACUUAUUGGCUAAUGUCUUGAGUGCAAUUCCUCAAGGUAUCAGCAGGGAACUCUGGCUUCAGGCCCUUCCUAGAGCAUUGGUUGCAGGUUUUGUGAAGACCGAUAUAGAAUUUCAGCAGAAAGGGGAAACUUCUGGCACAACUGUGACAUUUGUUGUCAUUGAUGGAUGGACUGUGACUGUUGCAUCAGUUGGAGAUUCUCGAUGCAUCUUAGACACCCAGGGUGGUUUGGUUUCUCUCCUAACAGUUGACCAUAGACUAGAAGAGAAUGUUGAAGAGAGAGAACGUGUUACUGCAAGUGGAGGUGAAGUUGGGAGGCUCAACAUUUUUGGGGGCAAUGAGGUUGGUCCACUUCGAUGCUGGCCAGGUGGGUUAUGUCUUUCAAGGUCAAUUGGUGACACAGAUGUGGGAGAAUUCAUUGUCCCUAUACCACAUGUUAAGCAAGUGAAGCUUUCAGAUGCUGGAGGAAGACUCAUUAUUGCCUCUGAUGGUGUCUGGGAUGCGUUAUCUUCUGAUAUGGCAGCCAAAUCAUGUCGAGGUUUACCGGCUGAGCUUGCUGCAAGGCUUGUUGUUAAGGAAGCUUUAAGGUCAAGAGGACUGAAGGAUGAUACAACCUGCUUGGUUGUUGAUAUUAUCCCCUCUGAAAAUCCCGUCUUACCUCUUACGCCAAUGAAGAAAAAGAAUGUUCUCAGUUCACUUCUUUUUGGGAAGAAAUAUCAGAAUUCUACAAGGAAAGCGGCUAAUAAGCUUUCUGCAAUUGGAGUUGUGGAAGAGUUGUUUGAAGAGGGUUCUGCUGUACUUGCUGAAAGGUUGGGUAAAGAUUUCCAUUUGAAUGCAAGCUCUGGGCUUUUCAGAUGUGCAGUCUGCCAAGUAGAUCAACCCCCAACUGAUGGGUUAUCAGUGAAAUCCGGCCCCUUUUUUUCGCCUGCAUCAAAGCCAUGGGAAGGGCCUUUUCUAUGCACGAACUGUCGGAAGAAGAAAGAUGCCAUGGAAGGGAAGAGGCCAAGCAGAACUGCGGUGGUUAUAUAACAAUUUACCUGGUAACAAAGUAAAUAUCGGUAUACUUUUUUCCUCUGCCUCUGCGAGCAAGCUUAGGUUUCAUUGCUGGUGAUAAUUGCGAAUUUGUGUUAGCUGUGUGUAAAAAUGAGGUAGAGUUGUAGAGAGUAGUCAUCCAUUUUUCAUGUUCAUGAGAACCUGGAUUGCGCUCAGCAGUAUUACGGACUGACUGAGUUCAAAACAUACUUCCUGAUAGAUAUAUUUGUUACAGUUGGAUUUCUAACAGUUUGAAUUUGUAAGUAAAAUUUGCAACAGCAUCUUAAUUCUUAUGCAGUUUAUGUAAGUUCCUACCUA